UGUCGCAUUUGUAGCGAGUCGUGUCCAAUGUGACGUUCUGCGUUGGGAUUUCGUGCUGCUGCUGCUGCGCCGAGAAUUUCUUCUGCUACACCCACACCCUUAAUAAGAAUCGUCCGCAAUGGAAGCAGUUAAGGACGUGACGGAGACGGUGGCUGUGGACCUGGGUGCACUCCUGGACGCCGGGGACGACGCCAUGGUGAUACUCGAGGCAGGUGACACUCGGCUGGUGGCACACAGGGCCGUUCUGGCGGACAGGAGCCCAGUGUUGGCAGCCAUGUUCGCCCACGACACCCUCGAGACGAGCACCGGCGUGGUGAGGAUUGCCGACGUGGGGGGCCCGGUGCUGAGGCAGCUGGUCUCCUACCUGUACACCCUGCGGGCCCCCCAGCUGCCCGGCACGGCCCCCCAGCUGCUGGUCGCAGCGGAUAAGUACAGGGUGUCGGGGCUGAAGGCGGAGUGCGGGCGGCAGGUGGCCGCUCAGCUUACUGUCGAGACUGCGGCGGCCGCAGCCGUCCUCGCAGUCCGCCACUCCUGCAGUGACCUCAGGCGAGCCGCUAUCGAAUUUAUUAAGACACGUACCCACGAAGUGAUGGCCACUCAGGGGUGGGCAGAUGCGAUGCUUCAUCAACCUAAAGACUUGAUCGAAGUGAGCCGAUUGCUGUAUGAUCCACCACCAAACAGCAGGAGCCUGUCUGCAGGAGAGAGGGACAGGAGGCUGGUCCAGGCGGCUGAGCUGGGGGCAGUGGGGGAGCUGAGGGCGCUGAUCGCCGCAGGGGCUGACGUGGUGGCGAGGGGCAGGUGGGGGCGGACCGCCCUGCACUGGGCAGCAGACAGGGGAGACGUCGAGGCGGUGAGGCUGCUGGUGGGGGCGGGAGCGGCGGUGGACGCCAGGGAUAGGGAGGGGUGGACGCCGCUGCAUCUUGCGGCAUACAAUGGCCGCGCAGAAGUGGCGGAUGCGCUGCUCGUCGCGGGGGCCGACAGGGGGGCCACAACUGGUGAUGGGCGGACAGCGCUGGACGUCACCUGGCGGAAGCACAGGCGGCUGGUGGAGAUGCUGUCAGGAGGCAGCCCGUCCAGCGAACUCUGUGCAAAAAAACAGGAACUGAAAGAAUUUGUAUGGGAGCAAUAUUCAUAAUUUUUUAA